GAAAGAAACAAUGAUUGGCCGAUUUUUAUAGAGCAACGGACCGAAUCCAAACACCUCUUUUCAUUCUGGUCAUCCUAAAGUCCAAAACAGACUGUUCACUGAAUCGGGAAAUGAAAUAAAAUCUUCAUCGUUCUAGGAAAGGAAAGGAAGCUGUGUAAUGAAUGAAAUGGAGGAGAAACCAUUACCGCCACAUCGCUAACUCCUCACUGACCUAAUCUCUCUCCCGAAUCCCGCCAUUGAUUCUCGCUCUCUCCAUCCUGAGAUUCCUGAAUCGGUGUACGGUUUCAAGCGAAUGAUCUGCUGCUGUUUUUUGUGAGUGAAUUUGGUCUGCUUCGUGUAUUAGACUAGUGGAGAACAAAUGGGCUUUGCAUAUUGCCUUUCUCAGCCGUAUAUGGCACAUUGUAGCUGUGCUGUGGAUUUUCGAAUAUUCAAUCAUCCAAUCAAAUUGAAGGAUUUUAAGAGUGUAUCGGCAGGAAGCUCGGGAGUUUUGUUUAGAAGUAUCCAGAAGAAGGGGUUAAAACGAAUCACUGCUAGCCGGGACCAAGGUGUAUUCAAUUCAAGGGUCUUAUUCGAUCAUCAUUUGUGCAAGUCCACUGCGGGUGGAAACAUUGUGUGUUUGAAGGAAAUCAAGGAAUACAGUAGAGCAAAAUUAUAUAGAUGCAAGGGAAAUGAUUCGAUAUCAUAUGUUAGUGGUCCUGUUGGGGAUUCCGAUUUCACUGAGAGUGGUAAUGAUGGAAACCUAAUCAUUGAGACUAACUCUAUUGUAGAAGAUAGCAGUUUGAGAGCGGAACACCAGGAGCACAAUGAAGAGGCAGAUGAACGUAGUUUGGAUGAUUUAAGGGAACAGUUUCAGAAGGCCCUCAAGGAUUUGGAGAUUGCACGUAAUAAUAGAACCACAAUUGAAGAGAAAGCUCAGAGGAUAUCUGAGGCAUCAAUACUGUUGAAGGAAAAUGCAGUAAAUGCUCGCAAAGAUGUGAAUGAUGUACUUAAUACUAUCCAAGAGAUAGUAAAUGAAGAAACGACAGCUAGAGAAGCUGUGCAAAAGGCAACCAUGACACUUUCUUUGGCUGAGGCAAGGCUCCAGGUGGCAGUGGCAUCGAUCGAGAUCUCAAAUGAAAGUAACUUGCCCACGGAAACUUCUGGAGACAACAAAGUGGUAGCAGAAGCUCCAUUAGAAGAGGACAACGAACUGAUUUUGGCUGCUAACAAAGUGUACGUAAGAGAGUGCCAAGACUGUUUGGCCAAUUGUAUUGCUGGACUGAGGCAAUUACAGAACAAGAAGGAAGAGUUACAGAAAGAAGUUGAAAGGCUGAAUGAGGUAGCUGAGGAAGCAGAAAUGAAAGCUCUCAAGGCAGAGGAGGAUGUUGUAAACAUAAUGCUUUUAGCUGAGCAAGCUGUUGCAUUUGAACUCAAGGCUAUACAAAGUGCAAGUGAUGCAGAGAUUGCAUUACAGAAAGCAGAAAAGACCCUUGCAAUUUCAAGUUUUGAUUCCGCAGAAGCUACAAAUGAUCAGGUGUGUGUUGAGGUGGGUUCUCUUGAGAAUAAUGUGAAUGAGGGAAAUCGAACAGAUGCUGAAACACUAGGGGAGGUGCCAACUGAGGAUACUGAUGUAACUGUAGAACCAUUGCCAAACAACCAAUUUCAUAUAACUGGUCACAUGACUGACGAGGCACAGUUAUUGGAUGAUAGUGAAAAAGAAGACUGUAAAUUGAAUUCAGAUAAUUUAAAAAAUGUUCAAAGUAGUAAAAAAAAGGGAACACAGAAGGAGCCGGUCAGGGAUAACUCACUAUUAAAUGCUCCAAAAUCCUUACUGAAAAAGUCUUCCAGGUUCUUUUCUGCUUCUUUCUUCUCCUUUUCAGCAGGUGGUGAGAAAUUCACUCCGGCUUCAGUGUUUCAUGGUCUGGUUGAGUCAACUAGGAAAGAAUUGCCUAAAUUGGUUGUUGGCUCAUUGCUCUUGGGAGCUGGAUUUUCCUUCUAUAUCAACCGGGCUGAGCAAAUUGCUAAGCUAUUUCAGCAGCCAGACAUCAUUACUACUAGUAUUGAUGAGGUUUCAACAAACACAAAGCCCCUGGUUCGACAAAUAAAGAAACUACCCUACAAAAUUAAGAAACUAAUCAACAAGCUUCCUCAUCAAGAGAUAAAUGAGGAGGAAGCGUCCCUUCUUGAUGUGAUCUGGCUACUGCUUGCUAGCGUUGUGUUUGUGCCUCUCUUCCAGAAAAUCCCUGGAGGAAGUCCUGUUCUCGGAUACCUGGCUGCUGGAAUCUUGAUUGGACCUCAUGGCCUUUCUAUUAUUCGUAAUGUACAUGGAACCAAGGCAAUAGCUGAAUUCGGAGUUGUCUUCUUGCUAUUUAAUAUUGGCCUUGAGCUUUCUGUGGAGAGGUUAAGUUCUAUGAAGAAGUAUGUUUUUGGUUUGGGCACUACUCAGGUGUUAGUGACAGCUGCAGUGGUUGGCUUGGUGACCCAUGUUGUUGCCGGGCAGCAUGGUCCUGCAGCAAUUGUCAUUGGGAAUGGUCUUGCAUUGUCCUCCACUGCUGUUGUACUCCAGGUAUUACAGGAACGUGGUGAAAGCACGUCACGGCAUGGACGAGCGACAUUUUCUGUACUACUCUUCCAGGAUUUGGCAGUGGUUGUUUUGCUUAUAUUGAUACCUCUAAUCUCACCAAAUUCAUCCAAAGGAGGGGUUGGUUUCCAAGCCAUAGCUGAAGCCCUUGGAUUGGCUGGUGUCAAAGCAAUUGUAGCUAUUACUGCAAUUAUUGCUGGUGGACGAUUGCUGCUUCGACCAAUAUAUAAACAAAUUGCAGAGAAUCAGAAUGCAGAAAUAUUUUCUGCUAAUACACUGCUUGUUAUUCUUGGUACCAGUCUCCUAACUGCAAGGGCUGGCCUGUCUAUGGCUUUGGGUGCCUUUUUGGCUGGUCUACUUCUGGCAGAGACUGAAUUUUCAUUGCAGGUUGAAUCAGAUAUCGCUCCAUACCGUGGCCUUUUGUUGGGUCUUUUUUUCAUGACGGUGGGAAUGUCCAUUGAUCCCAAACUUCUCGUUUCAAACUUCCCAGCUAUAAUGGGAUCAAUAGGACUUCUAGUUGGUGGAAAAACAAUGUUGGUUGCUUUAAUUGGCCGGAUUUUUGGAAUUUCAAUUGUAUCUGCAAUAAGAGUAGGUCUUCUACUGGCUCCAGGUGGAGAGUUUGCCUUUGUUGCCUUUGGAGAAGCAGUUAACCAGGGAAUAAUGUCUCCCCGGCUCUCAUCACUGUUAUUUCUUGUGGUGGGUAUUUCAAUGGCAAUAACACCAUGGCUGGCUGCUGGUGGUCAAUUAAUAGCAUCUCGUUUUGAGCUUCAUGAUGUGCAAAGUUUGUUACCUGUAGAAAGUGAGACAGAUGAUCUCCAAGAUCAUAUUAUUAUUUGUGGAUUUGGACGUGUAGGCCAGAUCAUUGCUCAGCUUUUGUCUGAACGUCUGAUUCCAUUUGUCGCACUUGAUUUUAGAAGUGACCGAGUCGCAAUUGGGCGAGCACUUGAUCUUCCUGUAUACUUUGGUGAUGCUGGUAGUCGAGAGGUACUUCAUAAAGUUGGUGCAGAGAGAGCUUGUGCUGCUGCAAUAACAUUGGAUAGUCCUGGUGCGAAUUACAGAACUGUUUGGGCACUGAACAAGUACUUUCCCAAUGUAAAGACAUUUGUACGUGCUCAUGAUGUUGAUCACGGUCUCAACUUGGAAAAGGCUGGGGCAACAGCGGUUGUGCCAGAGACAUUGGAACCAAGUCUACAGUUGGCUGCUGCAGUACUUGCACAAGCUAAACUGCCAAUGUCAGAGAUUGCAACGACUAUCAAUGAGUUUCGGUCCCGACAUCUAUCUGAGCUAACCGAGUUAUGUCAAACCUCCGGAAGCUCUCUCGGUUAUGGAUUCUCUCGAAUUGUAAAUAAACCCAAAUCACAGCCCUUGGACUUUUCAGACGAGACGGAAGGUACACUGGCAAUUUAACCACAUUUUCUGCAUAGUCGUCAGUCACGUUCAUUCAGUGGACAGAAAAGAAAACGAACCCCACCCCCUGCCCCCGUAGAGCGCGGUGUACUCUACUUGUCUUUCCCAUACUAUAUAUGUACAGUAAAGCAGCAGCGAAUUUUGUAUGGGGUUGAAACACUCUUUAAUUUUGUAGUCUCCCAAUCUUACGUACAGUGUAGUUCCAUUCCAUGAUGUCCUUUACAACUUAUUAUAUACUCUAGUAAAGAAAGAUGAUCAGCUCUAAGGCUCCGUUUGGUACACGGAAUUCAAAUUAUAUAAUUGGAAUUGAGAACAACAAUUCUAAUUCUACUGUUUGGUAGCACAAAAAUAUGUGAACUUAGAAUCGGUAGUGCCGAAAAUGAAUUUGAAUUGGAGAAUUCAAUUCCAUCCAAAUGACUUCCAUAGAAUUUCAACUCCCAACAUUCCAAUUUCGUCAAUUCUGUGUACCAAACGGAUCCUAAUAAAUUUUUGUGAGAUAAUAGUAGUAAUUAGUAUGAAUCAAAACAUCUUGCUCAU